UCACAACGGUUCACGUAAGUGCAGGAGGAGAUAAAUAGACGGAGCCAGAUCGGUCACUUCUCAUCAUGAACUAUUUCACUCCAACAGUGGCUCUCGCCAUAGUUCUCCUUGCUGGCUUCUCCAUGGCCCAAGAUCCCGCUCCAGCUGGACAAGGGCAAAACUGCAGAGCCGGGUGCCAGUUUUUCUGCGACACUAUCGCCAAAGGAUGUGUGGACGUACCCCCAGUGGUCACCUGUGCGUCCAACGUUGCAGCUUGCAGUGCCCAGUGUGACUCGUCCUGCGAUUGUUUCGAAGGAUGCACUGCCAACUGUCAAAGCCUCCUUAGUCAGUGCCAAAUGGGUGCUGGCAACCCGGUCCUCGGCAUCCUCUGCAAGUCCCAGAUCACUCUCUGUGUGUCUUCCUGCCCUGCCAUCUGCGCCGGUCAGUCUAUCAUCUCCAACAUCCAACAGCUCCUGCAGCAGUCUCUUGGUGGUUUGGUGAAGUCCCUGAAUAUUGGCUUGCCAGGUCUGCAAUAAAUCCCGUUGUUUGCUUGGGUGUAUAAUUU